CAACAUUUCCUCAGCCAGCCCAACAAACCCGCCCCGGCGCCACCGUCCCCGACCAGCGAAACCGCCUCCCGCUCCUCCCCACCUCCCUCCUCCUCCACCCUCUCUCGGCCUCGUCGCGGCCGCGGACGCCUCCUCCGGCUGCUCGGGUUCUUCCUCCAAGGCCCUCUCCCUCGCCGUCUCCUGUUUCCAGGCGACAGGCGUGAUGGUAGAGGAGAAGAGGGAGAGGGCGGAGGAGGCGUCCGAGAGCCCGCAGAAAUCCCCGCGCCUGGACCCGCUGGCUGGUCCAGGAUGCAGCGACGCGCCUGCGUCUCCGACGGAGUCGAGCGACGAGUGGCCAUCGUCCGGGGAAGUGGAGGCGGGGAUCAGCAGCGACAGCACCGGCGACAGUAUGGACGACAGCGGGCGGUGCGACCACAUACGCUUCGACCUGGAUAUGGUGGUACAUGAUCUCAAGGUCGCAAACCAGGUCCUCAAGGAGCCUCGGAAGUGCCAGCAUCGUAAUUGCAAGACGACCUGGGAGGGAGCCAGUGAGGACGACCAAGGGAUGAUGAAGUGCAUAGACUGCUCAUAUUUCUUCUGCUCUGGGUGGCCGGUGGACAGGGAUGAUCCGCAGGGACACGCCCGCUGGCACGCCGGCGAGCACCAGCAUUGGGUUGCUCAGUGGUGCGAUGAACCGAAUUUGGGAUACUGCUUCAUGUGUGCACGCCCUAUGAGGCUCAGUGACUGGAGCGAAGAUGACUAUGCAGUGGCGGCCAGAAAUGAAAAGGAUCAGCAGAUGCCGGGGGAUAGCGUUGCAAAGGAUGGCUGGGGAUCGGUGUCCGGCAUUGCAAAGGAUGAGCGGCAAAGGGUGCCCAGAAUUGCAAUGGACGAUGUUGCGUCUGGGUAUGCUAUUGGUGAUGGCCACGUUAUCAAAGGGAUGCCGAACCAUGGACAAACAUGCUUCAUGAAUGCAACGCUGCAGUGCCUCCUUGCGCUUGGUAAGCUGAGGACAAAGAUUCGAAGUCCGGAUGCUCAUUUGGGGAGCAUUGGUCUGCACCUGCAGCAGUUGUUCAAAGAGACACGCAUUUUGAAUGAUGCCAGAGGCAUGCUGGACCCAUGCAUGAUACUGGCAGCUGUGCGUGAGCGUUAUCCGAAUCGGUUCGAGGCCUGGAAGAUGGAAGACAGCCAUGAGUUCCUUCUGUCUUUAUUCAAUGCUGUGAACGCGGAGGUGGAGGUGGAAAACGGUAGGCAUGUCUUGGAAGGGGGUGAAGUGUUUCCUACAUUUCACGUUUCUCUUUUCGGGGGUCAGCUGUUUGAGACCACAUCCUGCCAAAGGUGCCCGCCUAAAGAUCCUAAAACCGUUGAUUUCGGUGAACUCUAUUUGUCACUUCCAGAGAAGGAUCCUCCAGCCAGAAGCGUUGCAUCACCACCAAGGAACAAAAGCCACGGAUCUCAAACUGACAAGAGUGAUGGAGAUAAUAAGAUUCAAACAACUGCUGAAGGCAGUACUUCUCCUAUUCCCGGUUCAGGAUUGGGAGAUGGGGCAAUGGAGAAAACCCCCAAGCCUUUGCAAGUUGAUUCUAGCGAAGUGAAGGAUGUUGUACACGGUCAUAUGCAGACUCAGAAGAAUGAUGUCCCACAAGAGAUCAAUGAGGUGCCAAUAGAAAUUUUGGAUUUCAUUCCUGACUUAUUUGAUGACACUGAAGGAAUGGAGGAAGCAACAAUAGAUUCUCGCAAUCCAGAAGAUAAGGAGACGACUUACUCAGUAAAAGUUACUACCAAAGAAAAGGAGGAAGCUCAGAGCAGUGAUAUUGUUCAUGAUGAGGCCGGACAUAUGAACUCUCUUGUGUCGAUUGAGGACUGCCUGGAACUGUUUGCGCGUCGAGUGUUGGAACGUUGUGAGAACUGUUCCAAGGUUGCUGAACAGAUCAUGGCAAGCACCAAUAUAAAUACGACAGUUGAUAGAGAUCAGACUGAGCUGUCAGACAGGAAAACAUGCCCAAGUGAGCGAUCUAGUGACUGUAAUAGCUUGUCCGUAGAAUCUCCAAGUAGGCAACCAUAUCGUUCAGAUGUACAUCAUCAAGUUAUACUCUCUGAAAACAUAACUACUGAAGAAAUCACUUCAGGGGCGAGCUGUGGUGAAAAGGACUCCGCCUCUUGCAGCACAGCCAGUGAAAAAGCUGAAAUUGAUCAAGGUGUACAAGAAGCUGGGCUUCCAGCUGAUAAACAGACUGACCUGCUCAGUGCCCAGGAUAGUCCGGAUACCAGCACUCAAAAUCAGGGUUGUGCGAAGCAGGCAAUGCUGGAUGAUCAUAUUGCCCAACAAAUGGAGGAAAACCAAAGUGAGCAGAAAGAUGGCAACAGUUGUGCAAUUCAAACACAGUUGAUUAACAAGCUACCAGCUGUAUUAAUCAUUCCAUUCAAGAGAUACAGCAAUGAUCUUUCUAAACUGAGAGGGCAUGUGAGCUUUAAGGAGAUUCUUCAUCUUGGACCAUUCAUGGACCCCAGGUCUGAGGACAAAGAUAACUGCAGCUACCGUCUAGUUGGUGUCAUUGAGCACGAAGGGCAUCAAAUAAAUGGAGGGCACUACAUUGCUUAUGUGCGGGGGGCAGGUCACAACCAUCAGAGCAGUGGUUCUUCCUCGUGGGUUCGUGCAAGCGAUCUCGACAUCAAGGAAGUCUCCCUAGAAAAAGUUCUCGGCCGCGAGGCGUACAUGCUUUUCUACGAGAGGAUGGAGGACUGAUGCAUGUCCGGCAUUGUACCCAACUAAGCAAUCAGAAGGGCACUGACAAAAGAAGCAGAAGGUGUUUUGAUGGCCUGGUGUACCGUCCUACUUACAUAGUCUAUAUAGUCUGUCGUCCAGUCCAAUUUUGUUGAUUUUGGCGGGCUGGGUCAUUGCAGUUGCAGGAUUUUGCAUUGGUUGCAACUUGUAGCGUGGUCAGCUGGAGAGAACCAUUUUUCUCUGUCCAUGAAAGUAUAGUAAUUCUUGUCGGAACGACAUGGGAUAGGUUCGACAGUGAAUAUUUUUUGUUAGAAACGAGAUUGAAUACACGUAGGAAGACACUGGAUAUUUUUUGCA